ACUUGCUUUCAUUCUUUUCUUUUCUCUCUCUACGGUAUUGGGUCUGAACUAGUGAACCGUAAAUUUUUCAAACGCCAUGAACCCUGUUGCUACCGCUGCAGCGCUUUCUCUCCCCAUUUCAUUUUGUAGAUCAUCUAAGUUUAAUACUAGGAAGGGAGUUAGGAGUGGGUUUGGGGUGUUUGCAGUAUUUGGGGAGGAAGGUGCCCCGCUGGAUAAAAAAAGUACAUGGAGUACCCUCUUUAAUGUAGAGGAUCCAAGGACUAAAAUGCCACAAUGUAAAGGGAAGUUCUUGGAUGUGAAUCAAGCACUUGAAGUGGCUAGAUACGACAUUCAGUAUUGCGAUUGGCGAGCUCGACAAGAUGUUCUUACCAUCAUGCUCCUUCAUGAGAAGGUCGUUGAAGUUCUAAAUCCUCUAGCUCGUGAUUACAAGUCUAUUGGCACCUUGAAGAAGGACCUCGCUGGGUUGCAAGAAGAAUUGGCCCAGGCUCACCGACAGGUUCAUAUAUCUGAAGCAAGGGUUGCUACUGCUUUAGAUAAACUAGCUUACAUGGAAGCAUUGGUUAAUGAUAGGCUGUUGCAAGAUAGAAGCACAACGGAGUCAGACCAAGCAUCCUCUUCUCCCAGUACUUCUACCGAAUCAAUGGACCCUGUGAAAAGACUGCCCCGGAAAAGCUUGAAUGUGUCCGGUCCAGUUCAACCGUACCAUUCCCACCUUAAGAAUUUCUGGUACCCUGUUGUGUUCUCCACUGACCUAAAGGAUGACACCAUGAUUCCAAUUGAUUGCUUUGAGGAACCAUGGGUCGUCUUUCGUGGGAAAGAUGGGAAACCUGGAUGUGUCCAGAACACCUGUGCACAUAGAGCAUGUCCUCUUCACCUUGGUUCAGUAAAUGAGGGUCGGAUCAAGUGUCCUUACCAUGGGUGGGAAUACUCAACCGAUGGAAAAUGUGAGAAGAUGCCAUCUACACGAUUACUUAAUGUGAAGAUAAAGUCAUUGCCAUGUUUUGAGCAAGAAGGAAUGAUAUGGGUUUGGCCUGGUAGUGACCCUCCUGCAGCGAUGCUUCCUUCCUUACAGCCUCCUCCAGGUUUUGAAGUCCAUGCCGAGAUUGUCAUGGAACUUCCAGUGGAACAUGGGCUACUUCUGGAUAAUCUUUUAGAUCUUGCACAUGCCCCGUUUACUCAUACAUCUACCUUUGCAAAGGGUUGGAGUGUUCCCAGCAUGGUGAAAUUUUUAACGCCUGCAUCUGGCCUCCAAGGAUACUGGGAUCCGUAUCCGAUUGAUAUGGAAUUUCGACCACCAUGUAUGGUGUUAUCUACAAUCGGGAUCUCAAAGCCUGGAAAGCUAGAAGGGCAAAGCACCAAGCAAUGUGCAACUCACCUUCACCAACUUCAUGUAUGCUUGCCUUCAUCAAGACAAAAAACUAGGUUAUUAUACAGAAUGUCACUCGAUUUUGCUCCUGUGUUAAAGCACAUUCCUUUCAUGCACUAUCUAUGGAGACAUUUUGCUGAACAGGUAUUAAAUGAGGAUCUACGACUUGUACUCGGGCAACAAGAACGAAUGAUCAAUGGGGAAAAUGUGUGGAAUUUGCCGGUUUCUUAUGAUAAACUAGGAGUAAGAUAUAGGCUAUGGAGAGAUGCUGUGGAAAGAGGAGCAAAACAAUUACCUUUCAGCAAAUCAACGUAAAAGAUUAGGAAAAAGAAUAAGCCCUAACUUCUCUGAAUCUUUUCAAGUUGAAUCUCUCUUAUCCAACUUAACAGUCCUAAAGCAGACUUCCAAGUAAGUGAGCUCUUGUAGAGGAAUAUUGUGCAGGUUGGUUUUUGGUCCGUAGAAGGACAUCAUUAAAACACUCCUUAACGGUAAGUGUUAGUUUGAUCUGAGGCAGAGAAGAGGUUGUUUCUGCUACAAGUCCUUGCAAGAUGAGAGAAAUCUGUACAUCGAUUUUGUGUACAGUGAAGUGAGAUUCUUUUCCCCCCUUCUUUACAUGGCUUUCAAAGCCAAUGAAGUUCGUAAGGAUUGUUCUCCAGCAUCCUUAAGGACAUUGGCGGUCGAAAUCUCUGUUGUAUCAUACCAAACAAUUAUUUUUAAUGGAAUUGCAACAUUCUCAGCUUCCUUGUC